AUAGAAAAACCUUCGACGAAGGAAACUGUAACCAAUUCGUAAACAAAUUCAUUGGCAUUGUUACGCAGAAGGCAGAAGAAAUGGCGAUGCGCAAGAAGAAGCUUCCACUGGACGCUUGCAAAGAAAUCCUCGUGGUUCUGUUAAGCAAGAAGCACCGCGACUGUGCGUGGCCCUUCUACAAUCCGGUGGAUGCGGAGAAGUUUGGCCUGCACGACUACCACGACAUAAUCAAGAAGCCUAUGGACCUGGGCACCAUGAAGCGCAAAAUGGACAACCGGCAGUACACGAGCGCGGCGGAGUUUGCCGAAGAUAUGCGAUUGAUGUUCAGUAACUGCUACAAGUACAAUCCGCCAGAUCAUGAUGUUGUGGCCAUGGGACAGAAGCUGCAGCAUGUAUUCGAGGCCCUCUACGCUGGGAUACCCGACGAACCGGUGUCGAAUGCGGCAUGCCACACAACACUGGCCCAUGCUCACACUCAGGGGAAUGGGCAGGGGCAGGGGCACGGUGGCAAAGUGAGCGCCUCCCUCAAUCAAGACGGCAGCGACUCGGAGAACGAGUCCCGCUCGGACGCAGAGUCAAGCUCCAGCUCCAGCUCGGAGGAAGAUUCCGCCAAGCUCAAAGUCCUCCAGUCCAAGUUGAACACUACCUACUCGAAACUGCGCGAUGUGAUGGCGGAGAAUCGCAAGUUGAUACAGGAGAAGAAGAAAGGGUGGAUCGUCGGCAAGGAGCUCAGGGCCAAGGAGAGAAGCAUCGAUAACAAGCAGAUUGAUCUUGACAAGCAGAUCGAGAACCUCACCGAGGAGGUUCAUGCCUUGAAGAUGAAAAUGAAGCGACAGAGCGAAGCCCCCGGCUCCAGCUCGGCAUUCUCCCAGGCCCAGGCCCAGACCUCGACACCGAUGUCCUCAACUCGUAGCGGUGUCUGCAGCUACAAAAAUAGUGGAGGGUGCAAGAGCCAGCGCAACUAA